AUGGCUCUUGUAUCAUCAGUUCUAAUGCAAUUGCCGUCUGAGCCAAAAUCAAUCCUUUUCUUUUCUAUUUUGUGCUUCAUAAGUGUUAUUAUGUUCAUGCUUAAGCUCAAAAGAAAAAACAAUUACAAUCUGCCUCCAUCCCCACCAAAGCUGCCAAUUAUUGGAAAUCUUCAUCAACUAGGCACACUCCCGCACCGCUCCUUUCAAACACUCUCUAAAAAGUAUGGCCCUCUCAUGUUGUUGCAGCUUGGACAAACAAAAACUCUUGUGGUUUCGUCGGCGGAUAUGGCCAGAGAAAUAACAAAAACACAUGAUGUUGCUUUCUCCAACAGGCCUGAGUCUACAGCUGCUAAAUUCUUACUCUAUGGAUACAAGGAUAUUGGUUUUGCACCGUACGGCGAAGAGUGGAGACAAAAAAAGAAGAUAUGUGUUCUUGAGCUUCUGAGCCAGAAAGGGUGGGAUCUUUUCACUCUGACAGACAAGAAGAAGUUGCAGAAUUGGUUGACACUAUACGUGAAGCAUGCACGAGUAAAAAGUCCUUUGUGA